CAAUGGAAAAUACUGUCGUUAGGUCAUUGUAUAAUAGUAGUCAUCAUUAUAAUAUUGAUUUUACCUAAUUUUUUUUGGAAAUCAAAAUGAAAACUUUAGAAAUUCAACAGCCACCAUUAAAUCCAUUUAUUAAUGGAACAAUUGAUCUAUUGGCUGGAUCAGCCGGUGGUACGGCUACUGUUCUUGUUGGACAACCAUUGGAUACGAUCAAAGUGAAGAUGCAAACAUUUCCACAUCUAUAUCAAAAUACAUUGAUUUGUUUUAGACAAACAUUGUUGAAAGAAGGUGUACGAAAAGGAUUAUAUGCUGGAACAUUACCUGCUUUAUUGGCAAAUGUAGCCGAAAAUUCUGUUCUAUUCUGUGCUUAUGGUUUUUGUCAGAAAAUUGUACAGUUUACAAUGAAUAAAGAUUCUUGUAAUACGUUGGAAAAUGCUACAGCUGGUUUUUUAGCAGCAUUUUUCUCUUCAUUCACAUUAUGUCCAACCGAAUUAAUCAAAUGUAAAUUACAAGCAUUACGUGAAACGGGUAAAGGUUCGAUUGGUGCAUUCGAAUUGACCCGUAACAUUCUUAAAUCUGAAGGAAUUCCCGGAUUAUUUCGAGGAUUAACGUCAACCAUGGCCCGUGAAAUGCCUGGAUAUUUUUUCUUUUUUGGUGGUUAUGAAUAUACGAAAAAAUUGAUGAUUAAACAUGGCGGACAAAGUGAAGAAUUAGGUUUAUUGAAAACAACAAUAGCUGGCGGUAUUGGUGGUGUUUGUCUUUGGACAUCAAUAUUUCCAUUCGAUGUGGUUAAAUCACGUAUACAAAUUCAAUCAAGCAAAGAAUCGAUGAAUAAAGUACUAAUUACAAUAUUACGACAAGAAGGCAUAAAAGGUCUUUAUAAUGGUCUUACACCAACAUUGUUACGAACAUUUCCAUCGACUGGAUCAAUAUUUUCCUAUUCCGUAAAUGGUCGUGAUCCGAUAAAAACCAUAAGAGAUUUUGCCCUAGAAACAGAUGAAGUUAAAAUACUUGAAGAACGAUUUAUUGAUCAUUUCACUGAGACGAUCUUAUCAAAAUUGGCUAAUGAAAUGAAAUCAGGUAUUCCAUCCAUGAGCAUUCCUCCAUUAGAUCCAUUACGUUUAGAUGAGAUACGAGUAGAACCACAUAUCGGAAAUGAAAUUUUCACUAUAAAAUUGAACAAUAUUCAAAUCGAAGGAUUAUCUGAUCUGGAUAUUCAGGAUAUAAGACCAAGAUUGAAUGUUCUCAAAGUUCGAUUUGCAUUACUUUUUCCAAAAAUUACGGCUGGCUGCCAUUUUAAGGUGAACGGUACUAUUUAUAAUGUUAUUGAUGUGAAUGGUGAAGGUCAUGGUAAAUUGGAAUAUGAUGAUGUUCUUGUUCGUACACAAUUGAAUUUAGUUCAUGAAAAUAAAACUUUCCGAAUAGCUAGCUGUGAUCCCCCAUUGAUUGAUUUUAAUACGGCAAAAAUUGUUCUAACAAAUCAAAAUAAUACUGGUAUUGCAAGCGAACUUGGAUCAUUAUUAUUCUGGGUUUUUGCCGAUCAUGUUGUACAGGAAAUUGAUCAAUAUCUACUUAAAUACGUCAAUAAUAACAUGUUAUUAUUCAAAGUUCCAGAAACUUUUAGUCCAGCAGUAACUUGGCUAUUGAAUCGAAGUUCAUCACAAAAAUCGAACAAUGAUGAUUCGCCUAAUGAUGAUAAUGGCUAUGUUAUGGUCGGUAAUAAUGAUCCGAAUCGACCUCCAUAUCCUCAAACAUUGAUGCUCAACGAUGAGUUUGGUCUCAUCCAUGAUUGCCUUGAAGAUUUUGUCAUCAAACUUUUUGGUGAAGAAAAAUGGUUAAAUAUUUUUUUUCGUGUGACACACAGUAAAGAAGGUUCAAUGAGAUUAUUUUAUUACAGUCAACGAAAAGGACUUGCUGCAUUUGUAAAAGGUAUGAUCACAACUGCUAGCCAGGAAAUAUUUCGUACCGAAGUUAUUGUGAACAUUAUAUCUAUCGAAAAUGACGUCGUAGAAUUUGAAAUAAUUAAUAAAUCAAUUGAUCCGGAUUCCGAUGCAUUCGAAAAGAUUAAAACACCAUUCACCGACAAUACGCUUAGUACAUCACCGAAAAGUCUUUUUUUCAGUGUCGAAACACUUUGCGAAGCAUUACCAUUUCAUUUUGUUUUUCGAAGAAAUUUCCGUAUCGUUCAAAUGGGUAAUUCUUUAAAACGUUAUGUCAAAAAAGAUUUACUUACUAAAAACAAAACCAACAAAAUAAUGUUCAGCGAUCUGUUUAUCAUAUCUCGACCAAUUAUUGAAUUAGAUUUUGAGACAAUUCUUUCAUUUUCUAAUCAUCUUUUCAGUUUGAUUAGUCGUGAGGAAUAUGUUAAGGAAAAUCUUCGAAAAAGUUCAUAUGUACCAAGAAAAUUUUCAUUAUCAGAAUCAGUUCAGAAACAACAUCCAAGGCUUGAACUUAAAGGACAAAUGAUCUCAUUACCAGCAUAUGAUUCGAUUCUUUUUGUAGGAUCACCGAAAAUUCCCUACAUACAAGAUAUGGCUAAUCUAGAUCUAACCAUGUCCGAUUUUCCUAUUUCCGAUGCUACCGGACGUUGUAUCUUGAUUCGUUCACUUCAUAAAGAUGAUAUUGAACUUAUUAAAAAAUAUGAUGUGGCUGCUAAUCAUUUGAAAAUUGUUGAGAAAAAAUUAAGGUUGGAGAUAAGUAAAAAUCAUAAAAUAUUACAUGAAAUAUUUCCAGCCAAAAUUGCUCGAAUACUUUGUCAGAGUAUAAAAGUGGAUGCGGAAUAUUUUGAACAUGUUACCUGUCUAUAUUCCGAUAUUGUCGAUUUCACAGCAAUGUGUAGCUGUUCAAGUUUAAAAGCUAUCGACAUUGUUAAACUACUUAACAAAUUAUACAUUCAAUUUGAUAAUCAAACCAAUUAUUAUGGUACAUUUAAAGUAGAAACUGUUGGUGAUGCUUAUGUUGUCAUUAGUGGAGUACCGGAAUCGGUUGAAGAUCAUGCAGAUCGAGUAGUGGAAAUGGGUUUAGCAAUGGUGCAUGUAACUCGUACAAUCAUAUCGCCUAAAGAUGGAAAACAUAUUGAGAUGCGAAUCGGUAUACAUUCAGGUCCAUGUAUGGCCGGAAUUGUUGGAUUAUCAAUGCCUCGUUAUGCUGUCUUCGGUAGAACAAUUACAUUGGCUAAUAAAAUGGAAUUUGCUGGUCCACAUGGAAUGGUACAUAUUAGUGAAGCUACUAAAAAUUAUCUAAAAAAAGAUAAAUACUAUUUUGUUGAAGCCAAUGUUCAACAUUUAUUUGAUUUUCCAACUUAUAUUGUUACGAAAUUGUAUGAAGAAUAUCAUGAAGAUUAUUUAGUAGUUGAAAAUAAUCUUAAUAUGACUGGUGGCCUAUUCAAAUCUCCAUCACAAUCACCGGUAGCGAAAACCAAAAACAUGCCGGCAAAUUCGAACAUGAAUUUUUCAAAUAUCGAUUUUCGUCGUGGUAAACAGCCUAAAACUUUCGAAAAUGAUUCAAUCAUUCCGUCCAUACGGAUCAAUCCUUCUGAAUCUCAAAUAAAUGAUAAAUAUCUUAAAAUCUGAGAUAUCGAUUCUUUUAAAA